GAUCCCGUGGAGCAGCUGAGAACACUAAGGAAACAAUAUGGUGACGUGUUCAAAGUCUACAUGGGGACUAUGCCAGUUGUCUUCAUCAAUGGAUUUGACGUGAUCAAUGGCGUCCUUCAUGACAGAGGGGCCGAGUUCGCCCACCGCCCACCUUCAUUCAUAGCUGAGAAGUUGGCCAGCAAUAAAGGUAACGUUAUUGCCAAGUGGCUGAUUGGUAUAUGCAAUUGAACUAUAAAUAUUACAGAUGGAAUAGCUAUAUGACAUAAUCUCGGAACAGUCAGGGUCUCUUCAUGUGUUUGAUGGUUUGGCAUUUUACUAGUACCAAGUCAAUGAACUCAUUAACUCUUUAGUAAAUGAUGGCUCACUUCAGGGUCUUCAGGAAGUUGUGUGUUUCUUGUUCGUCUUUUACAUGCGACGAUGACCAAUUAGAUAUUGAAGAGUGAGUGUAAAGGUGGUGAAGGAGAUGAAAAAUUCUAUGUUCGAUGGUCAGUGUGCAAAGUGCUUAUGAGUCUAUUUUGGCUUGGGAGCUUUCCCGCAUGUAGGAUACGUGUUAUUGGUGUCCAAUGUGUAUUGUAGGCAAUGCUCAUUUUUUCUCCUCUGCGCUUUCUAUGUGAGUGAGUGGUAUGUUGCCUCUCCGAAGAGUGUGUUCCAAAAGUUUGUCUGCCUGUUGUAAUGUAGAUGUAAAAUAAGGAUGCUGGCACCUGAGUUUAAGACAAGUUCUACAGGAUCUCUGAGUUAUUUUUAGACACAUGAAAUAAUUUAAAAAAUUUGUGGAAAAAAAAUUUUGGAAAACUAUAAAGAUCAUGGUGCAUUCUUCACACACACAAACACAUACACACACAAACUCACACAAAGAAUCCAUGAAAUUAGAAUUUAAAUGAUAAUUUACUUGCAUCUAACUAAAAAUUUCCGAAGGUUUUCUUAACACAAGCGGCAACGUUUGGACUGAACAGAAACACAACAUCGCUAGGACAUUGCGGAGCCUGUCUGCCUCUGGUGGACUCUUGGAACAGUACAUCAAGUCAACCGUAAACAAUUUGACAGAUCAUUUACAGUCUGUGAUACAGAAGGGAGAGGGUGGACAAGUGGACUUGACCCCCGUGGUGAGGCGGUCAGUUUGCUCUAUCGCCUUCUCCAUGGCUUACGGUCGUCAGCUUGAACUGGAGUCUCAGUUGCUGGUCUCGUACACAGACACCCUGGACCAGUUUCUCAGGUAA